GUUGUUUUGAUUGUUCUUCCCAGAAAUAUUAUUUCGAUUCCGAUAGGGUCCCAUGCGUGACCUAUCGACCAGUGUUGCAAAAGACGGUCCGCCGUUAUCAGCUGUCGUCGUUUUUCCUCUUCCUGCCAACUAAAGAAAAGAAAAAUAAAACGCAACUCGCAGCGGUGGAAAAUAUUAAAGACUCCAUUGACUAGAGGCCAGGGAAUGAGCUAGUCCAUAUAUGCCAUAGAUCUCGACCGAAUCCGAGUCCAACGAUGACGGAGCAAGAGGAUUUGGCCAGCGGCGGAGGCAAUGGGUCCGCAGCUGGAGCCGCAAUUGGUAGUGGCGGCGGAGCUGGGGGUAGCAACUGCCAGAACCAACUGCAGCAAUGCGUGCGUGGAAACGUCACCUGGCAGCUGCUGCCCGUCCACCUGCGCUCCGUGCUGCACAACAACCAGCGCGAUUACGAGAAGUUCGUCUUCAACUACAGCCUGAAGAACCAGCUGCGCUUCAGGGGUAACCUGGCCGCCAAGGUGUUCCGGCGGGAGCAGCGCUACUACGAGCUGCUAGUCCAGAAGAGUAUUAACGGGUUGGGCGCGUUUCCCUACCAUCUGGCCGACAUCGUGACCAAGGGCCUGAGAGUCACGCCCUUCAACUAUUAUCUGGACGUGCUGGGCCAGCUCUUGCGGAGUGACAAGAGCUAUGACACGCUGCCCAACUUCACGGCCGCCGACUGCUUGCGCGUGUUGGGCAUCGGGCGGAACGAGUACCUGGCCCUGAUCAGCGACUUAAAGACCCACACGCCACGCUCCCUGCUCUUCGGAUCGCGGCCCAAUCCGCUCGACUUCCUGCCGCGCUUUCCCGUCCGCAUCCACAUGGAGCCCUGGUGGCGACUGGAUAUUGGUUACGUUCUGGAGGCAGACAUCAAGUAUUUAUCGCCGGCGGAGAGAGGAUUAAUCGAUGACCUCAUAGACUUUGGAGCCCAGCCAGCGGGCAAAUGUGACUACGAAGUGGUGCACAGCCUGUACAGGAAGGGUCUCGUCUAUUUGGAUGUGCCCAUUAGCGGCGAGGAUCGGAUCUCCAUUCCACCGCUGCGGAACUUUGUAAUGAAUCGUGUGAGCGGCGACUACUUCGAGAAUCUGCUGUACAAGAUAUUUGUGAGUGCGGACGAGCACAUGACUAUCGCAGAGCUGGCCCACAUGCUGCAGCUGGAACUGGAUAGUGUCAAGCAGGCGGUCUCCUUUAUCUGCCGCCUGGGCUUUGCCCAUCGCAAGCAGGAUGCGGUGCAGCUCCAGCAGCUUCAGAGUCAACCCAAUCAUUCCAGCUGGGACGGCUACAACCGGCAGCAGACGCCCGAGACGCCACAGAUCACGCCGCUAAACUAUAACCUACAUGCCAACAGCUUUGAGUUUGAUCAGAGCCCCAAGUCCCCAAAGACACCCAAGGAAAAGGACAAGGAUAAGGACAGCAGCUCCAUUGGAUACCUCUCCUCGGAUGGGAAUACCAGUGACUUUAGCUUCGCCAAUUUGAACACUACGCCUCAGGAGCCGAUGAACAGCAACAACAACAGCGACGAACAAGAGCUUAGCUCAGAGCUGGAGCUAGAGGAUCUGAGUGAGCGAACGACCAAGCCGCCUGCAGCUGCAGCUCCUGUGCCGGCUCUACCAAAGAGCGGCAAAAGAGUGGGCUUCCUCUUUGACUCGACGCUAACAGCUUUCCUGAUGAUGGGUAACCUAUCGCCGGGCCUAAAGAAUCACGCUGUCACCAUGUUCGAGGUGGGUAAGCUGUGCGAGGAGAGCCUGGACAGUUUUCUGGCCGAACUGGAGCAAGUGUCGCUGCUGGAUGCAGAGGGAGAAGGCGAUGUGUCCCGGUACUUUGCUCACGCCGUUAUCCUUCGUUCCACGAUCUGCUCGCUGCGCCAUCUACUUCCGGGUGGCCUGGAUCUGCUGCGACUGGAGUGCUUGGAGGGCCUGGAUCGGCAGACGCGAGAUCGCGUUCUGGAGAAGAAGUACAAGUUUAUAAUAGCUGCUUCGCCUCUGACCGCAUCGCUCAGUCACACGUUUAGCAUUCCCUAUUUUGGGCAGUUUCUGCGCAGCUCCGAUGUGACACCCAUGUGGAGCAAGCUCUUCUAUAAUCAUAUCACAGGCUAUGGUCCUCCCAGUUUGCUGCUCUGCCGCGGGACCGUACUCAAGAGCCUGCCCCGUCUAUUUCUCGGCUACGGAAAGCUACUGGUGAACAUCCUGCACUCUGACUCGUACGUCCUCAAUUCGGAAAACUUCCGGAAUCUGAACGAACAGCUCAAGAACGGCUGCGUGUUGAUCCAGGGCUAUGGCAUCCGCACAGCCGGUAAUCUCCACUACGAAUCAUUCCCGUUCCAAACCGUCGAUCCGCGCCAGGCCAAAUGGUCCGCCCAUCGAGCCGUACAGAAGUUGGCCAGUCUUUUGGACUUGCGUCAACAGUGCGGCUACAUAACAUUCCUAAACACGGGCGUUCCGGAUCUUGGAUGCGAGGAGUACGAGCUGCAGGUUCGCUUGAAGCCAACACAGCGCCCAAAGCGUUCGUCAAUAACGGCGCCCGCCGGCAAUUUGAUGACUAAUGUGCCAAACACCGAGGUGGUUACCAACUUUCAAUUGAAGAGCCCGGAUGAAAACCAUUUUGCGGCUACUCCAGAGCAUGGUCCUGCUAACGAGUUCACCUCACCGGAUUGCAGUCAAGUGCUGGCCAGUGAGUUGGCGAAAUGCAGCCGAGCGGAUCUGAUAUCGCAGAGUUCCGUUGAGAUACCGCUGGAGACGACACCAUCCGAGGAGCUGCUUUCCACAACGAUGGAGGAGGAUGACGAUGCCACAGAGGAGUGGACCCUGUUGGACGUCAGUUUUGGGGUGCCGCUCUUUGAUGUCGACACCAAUACGCGCAUAUGCGAGCAGCUGGUCCAGGGACUCUGCAGUGACUCCAAUUUGGAGGCAUUGCCCAUUGCGGCUGGCCAGGCGCAGGCACUCUUUCUGGAAUUUGUACGUCAGUGCUUGUAUUACGAGGACGACCCAGCGAGGCAGGUCCUGCAGGCGAGCCGACCGUUGCCACAUCCCAGGAUAAACCUGGCCUUCGAAAAUGGACACGUAGGCCACUGGAAUGGACGUUAGUUUAUCGCCAGUUUUAAAUGCAUUCCCAGAGUAUUCCGUUUACACUUGUCCCAGUUUUAUCAGUUUGUGUACAGUCUUGGCGGAUUUAUAUUUAAUAUAUACGUAUAUUUAUA